AUGGCGGAUCAAUUUUUCGACAACGAGGCGGAAGUGUCGGAAGGAAGCGAAGACGAAGAGGUGAGGAAUGAUAUCAAAACGAAAAAGAGGGCCAAAUUUGAAGACUCGGAGGAAGAGGAAGAAGACGAUGAGGACCGGCUUCGCAAUGAGAUGAAGGAUCUGAUCAAUGAUGAAGAGGAAGAGCCCGAAGAGUCUGACGAAGAGGUGACGGGACGGAAGCGGGCGCGAGAGGAUCUCGAGGAAGACCUGGAGGACGACGACUACGAUCUGAUCGAAGAGAAUUUGGGCCGACGUAUAGAGAGGAAGAAGAAGUUCCGUCGCGUCCAACGUCUUGAGGACGACGACGAG